AUGCUCUCCGUUACAGUCCCUACUCCUUCUGCUGGGGCAUCGGAAAAGUUCUGCACUGACCAUGCUGUUACGCCUCGUACAAUAUUCCAGCUCACUUGGGCGUUGAUUCAGAAUUGUUAUUUUGAUACCAGCGACUUCCUGUACGAAGAAGAAGAUACCCAUGGAAACAUUCAAACUCUCAUAAGUUUUCUGCCAGAGUUGAUCAAAAAAUCUCCGGUCAUAGCAACUCUUCAGCGUGAUGGAAGGCAAGAACCGGGAGAGGAUACUAUUCUCCUCCAUUCGGGAGUGGAAGGUGUAGAUGCUUCACUGAGAAAAGUGUGGAGUCGACUAAAAGUGUCUCAUAGCACAAGACCUGAGGGUAGUAGCGUGAGGAAUAGUCAUUUUGACAAGGACUUUGAUGUUGAAAUUCACGUAAACUUGGGACCAUCCAAUUUGAUUGUUAGUAUGCUUUACCAGCCAUCCAUCGCGGACACGAGAGAUAUGGACAACAUUGCGAAAGCAUUUCAUCAGGCCCUCGAGAGCAUUUUGACCAUCGAGGACGAUGAGAAAAUCGCCGAUAUCAACCUGCUUAAUCCCAAUGAUGCGAUGAAGAUCUUUGAGUGGAACUCCAGUACCCCGACUGUUACAGAAGAUUGCCUCCAUCUGCUCAUCGAGCGAUCAGUCUCCCGAAACCCCGAUUCCCAAGCGCUUUUAUCAUGGGAUGGAAGUCUUACCUAUUCCGAAUUGGACCAACACUCCUCCAAACUUGCGCAUUAUCUCGUAAACACCUAUGACCUUGGUCCUGAAAAAAUAGUUCCAUUGUGCUUCGAAAAAUCCAUCUGGGCAGUUGUGACCAUGCUUGCUGUCCUAAAGACAGGGGCAGCGUACUGCUGUCUCGACCCUGCACAUCCCCAAGCCCGACGGGACUACAUGACAGAGCUUGUGAACGCAAGAAUCGCGCUAUGCUGUGAAGCGCAUUCUGGACUGAUCCAAAAAUGUCCCAGUCUUAUCGUCGAUGCUGACUUUGUUUAUCAUCUCGAGACUCCAAGCAUACGCCCUACAUCUCUUGUCCAACCCUCCAAUGCCUGUGUUAUUGCUUUCACGUCGGGAACAACAGGAAAUCCGAAGGCAAUUAUCCAUAGCCAUACGUCUGUAUGCAGCGGCCUUCUUGCAAACGCCCCGUUUCAAAGGAUUAAUCGGAGCGAUAUCCGCUUAUUCCAGUGGGCUGCUUACACAUUCGAUGUCAGUAUCACAGAAACAUUUUCCCCGCUAAUUUAUGGUGGCCUCGUCUGUAUACCUUCCGAGGAGGAGCGUCUCAAUGACGUUGAAGAGUGCAUGACCCGCAUGAAUGUUGACUGGGCCUAUUUCACACCCUCGUUUGCUCGCUUCUUCCGCAGGUACAAUACACCCGGCUUGACACAGCUUAUUCUCGGAGGAGAAGCAGUAACGGUCGACGAUGUGAGGGAUUGGGUGGACAGAGUCCGAGUGCUGAACGCAUACGGACCUGCAGAGUCGAUAACAUGGUUCUUGGAACCACAGCUCGGUCUCUCAAGCACUAUCUCCAUCGGAAAGCCAAUUAACAUGCGUGCAUGGAUUGUGAGUCCCGAUGACGAGACACGCUUGAUGCCCAUCGGGGCUAUCGGUGAACUGCUGCUGGAAGGCACCAGUUUGUUUCGCGCCUAUCUUAAGAACCAAGAGAAGACGGACCAGUCUUUAAUUUCACCUCCCAAGUGGCGCCUGCAGGCCAACAUUGGACCUGCUUUGAAAAUGUACAAAACAGGGGACCUGGUCCGUUAUCUUCCAGAUGGGAAUAUGACAUAUGUUGGUCGCAAAGAUACAAUGGUCAAGCUGUACGGCCAGCGCAUGGAGCUGGAAGAGGUAGAGACAGUGCUUCGGCGCUGUCUCCCAGAGGGAGUUCAAGCAUCUGCGGACAUUAUUCGACCGGCCGGGGAAAAUGAAGAAGUUAUUCUGGUCGCAUUCUUUUGUGUUCCCAAGAACUUUGGCCAAGACCUACACGAACUGAAAGUAUAUGCUCAAAGCAAACUGGCAGAUGCAUUACCUGCCUUCAUGGUUCCGCGAGUAUACAUCCCCGUUGAUGAGAUGCCCUAUAAUUCGUCCCGAAAAUUGGACCGCGCGAAACUGCGCCAGAUGGUAUCCAAUUUGACUCGAAGCCAGCUUGUAGGUCUUCUGCAGGCCAAAGAUCCAGUACCAAAUCAUGAUAUCUCUCACGGUCUGAGUGAAAUGGAGGCAGAUCUUCAACGAUUAUGGGCUAGCGCUUUGUUUCUAGAACCAAAUCAAAUUGGACCUGAAGACAAUUUCUUUGCCUUGGGCGGAUCUUCAGUUACCAUCUUGAAAAUCACUGCUGCCGCUAAGAGCCAGGGAAUUGCAAUUUCCUACGCCGAUAUUUUCCGAGCGCCAACUUUACGCAGUCUUUCUCAAGUGGUCUCCCGUGCGAGCGGUUCUGAUACAAAGAUUCCGCCGCUCAGUCUCAUUGAAGACACAGUAAGGGAAUCAGUCAUUUCUGACGCCGUUGUUCAAUGUGAUGUUUCUAGAGAUGAGAUUGAGGAUAUAUAUCCACUUGCACCGCAACAACAGGGACUGUGGGCACUAUCACUCAUUCGGGAUGGUGAUUAUGUGGGUCAGUUUAUCCUGACACUGAACCCGCAUGUUGAUAUUCACAAGUUUUGUCAGGCAUGGGAGACUGUUGUCAGUGUUGUCCCGACACUUCGUACCAGGUUUAUAGAGAGUGCCUCUGGAUCCUUUCAGGUGGUGAUCAAAAGCUCCUUAGUCGACUGGCAAAGUUACACUGAUCUUGAUGAAUAUCUUCAAGAAGACAUUCAGGAGAACCUGGCUUUUGGAAGUCCCUUGGUGCGUUAUGCUAUAAUUCCGUCAACCAAAGCUGAGAACGGCGAAAUCAUCACGCCUGAUAAGAUAGUCUGGACGAUUCAUCAUGCUCUAUUCGACGGGGAGUCUGUCCCUACUCUGCUCAACACAGUGACUCAGGCAUACUAUGGAAUUGCUCCAAGUCUGGAAAUUGGCCUCUUCAACCGGUUCAUACAAUAUACCCAAGGCGUGGAUCAAACAUCAGCUUCCAAGUUUUGGCGCCAGCAAUUUUCUACUAGGAAGCUAGUGCCCUAUCCUCCUUUGCCAGAACCCGACUACCGUCCGCGUCCCGAAUCUGUGUAUGACAGGCAUAUUCAAUUUACCCGAAGACUGGGAUCCAAUAUAACUACCGCUACUCUCCUCCGCGCUGCUCUUUCUCUGUCUCUUGUCAAAAUGGCCAAAACAUGGGAUGUUGCCAUGGGUGUCACGCUUACUGGCCGCACCGCGCCCGUAUCAAAUAUCGAGAAUGUGAUCGGACCGACGUUCGUGACUCUUCCAACCCGACCUAUCGAUGGUUCAAGUAACAGCGUCGCGGAGUAUCUCGAACGAAUACAGACGUCGAUUAUAGAGACGAUCCCUUUUGAGCACACGGGUAUGCAGAGGAUUGCCGCGUAUACUCCCGAAUGCAAUUCAGCUUGUCUGUUCCAGACUAUUCUCCUUGUCCAGACACCAGACGACAAAAGCUACCAAGAGUUAUUUCAUUUUGAUGACUCAGUCGGUGGCUAUGGAAGAUUUAACAGCCAUUGCUUGAUGGUUCUCCUAUUCACCAACGCAGAUCAUGUGGAUGCUGCAUUUAGCUAUGAUAGUAAUGCUAUCAGUGACGACGAAGUAGUUUCGCUCGCUUAUAUCUUUGAACGAUUUAUCCAUACCCUGUGUUUGGAAGAGGAGAAGCGUGUUGUAUCAUCUGUCCUUUCCGGCAGUUCUUUGAUAGAUAUGAAAUCUGUUAUCCGGCCAUCAAUUCCCCAUCCCCCGACAAGAAACGCUCGUCAACCCUCAAAGGCCAGAAACCAUAUAGACGCAGUGGAUAUGGUUCGGCGUCCAAAUCGUGAGAUUGAGGUUAUUUUGGCAGAUGCAUGGGCUGAGGUAUUAGGUAUUCCAGACAAAAGCACCAUCACUCCUGGUGACGAAUUUAUCAAAACUUACGGCGGUAACUCGCUUCUGAGUUUGAAACUCGCUCAGUACUGUCGUGGCCGGGGGUUACGCCUCACCGUUAAAAGCAUCUUCCAGUAUCCCCGUUUUCAAGAUAUGGCUGGAGCGGCUGCUCUGGUAUCUACUACGGACAAGCCUACUACAUCAAUUGCACCAUUCUCCUUGAUCGAGGGAGGUGAGCACACGGAUGAAACAUUGAAUGCAUGGAAGGAUUCGACUAUCGAUGAAGCUGCAGAGGCAUGCAGUGUAGCUCGCAAUAGUAUUCUGGACAUUUACCCAUCGACCCCUCUACAGGAAGGACUGGUAGUGCUUUCCAUGGCCGAACCGGGAGCCUACAUAUCUAGGACGGUAUACGAACUAGCGCAAGGAGUUGAUAUCGAAAGGUUUUUUAGGUCAUGGGCAAAGGUCUACCAACAAGAGGAGAUCCUCCGCACGAGAAUAUUCCAACCAACGGGCAUACGGGAGGCAUUUCAAGUAGUUGUCUCCGAAGACAUAGAAUGGCAACAUGCUAAUGAUUUAGCUGCUUUCAUGUCCAAGAACAAGACCAUAACCAUGGGCCUAGGUACCCGUCUAUGUCAGUUUACCCUUGUUUCAGAUCUCAAAACCUCCAAACAAUUCUUCAUUUUGACCAUUCAUCAUGCUUUGUAUGACGGCUGGUCAAUACCUUUGUUGUUGAAGAAGGUGUAUGAUGCUUACCAUGCGAUGCCCUCAACAACGACACAUAUAAUGUUCAAUACAUUCAUUCAGCAUACCCUGCGUAACCGCCCAUCUGACGUCAGCGAGUACUGGACCAAACAAUUCAAGGAUGCAGACUUUGUUCAUUUCCCUGCACCUCUCCUUCCUGGCGAGAAACCAGGGAACCAGUCUCAAAUAGAACGUUCCUUCUUGCUCCGUCAGCCGGAGACACUCCCGGGUAUUCUCAAAUCAACAAUACUUCGUGCUGCAUGGACUGUACUACUGAAUUGCUACACUCGAAAUCAAGAUGUUGUUUUCGGGGCCACUCUGGCCGGAAGAAAUGUUGCAAUGCCUGGGAUUCAAGAUCUUAUUGGACCAACACUCACUACGGUUCCUAUUAGAGUGAACGUGGAUGCUAAAGAGAAACUUGGAGACUUCCUGCACCGCAUCCAGGACCAGUCGGUAGAGAUGAUCGACUAUGAACAUACCGGGCUACAUACUAUCCGUUCUAUCUCUCCUGAAGCUUGCAAUUUCCAGAAUCUCCUUGUCCUUCAGCCCAAAGGAGAGAAUACGGAUCUUUCUAAACUUUGGGUCUCUGAGGCUCAAGGCGAUACAUCAAAGUUCUUCACUUAUCCACUAGUGGUUCAAUGCUCGUUUGACGAUGCUAGUGAUGAUGUCCUUGUAGGUGUAACAUUCGAUGAAUCUCGUAUUCACGAGAUCGAAGCGUUGCGAAUCAUCAGGCUUUAUGAGCAUAUUCUUGCGCAAAUAUCGUCAAUAGACAUUUCGACAGUACUGGAUAAGAUAGACUUGAUUAGCCCGGGCGAUAUCCUGGAACUUAAAAAUGAGAUUGCCGAAAGUUCAACCCCGGAAGUCGUGAACUGUCUUUUGCAUGAGCAAGUCUUCAAAAGGAUUGGCGAAUAUUCCGAAAAAAUUGCAAUCACUUCUUCAUGGGGAGAAGAAUUAACAUACAAGCAACUACACGACUUCUCGAGCAGGCUUGCCCAUGACCUGGUCAAAGCUGGCGCAGGCCCAGGGAUAUUCAUCCCACUGUUCUUUGAUAAGGACAUCUGGGCAAUUGUGGCCAUGAUUGCUGUGCUCAAAAGCGGCUCAGCGUUUGUUCCCAUCGAUCCGGAGUCUCCCAGCAGUCGUCGAGACCUAAUCCUGCGAGCAAUAAGGGCCUCCGUCAUUCUUUCUUCGUCAAAGUACAUACACAUAACUGAUCUGAAAAAACCGCGUCAGGUUGACCGAGAGCACGUUGACAGUCUUGCUCUGUUAAAUGAGACAGGAGAAGGGUUUGAGGGCAAUAGCACUGUUGCCGAUCCGGCGUACGCCAUCUUCACAUCAGGCAGUACAGGAAUCCCAAAGGGUGUCGUUGUCUCUCAUCGUGCAAUAUCAUCAUCUGUCAACGCUCAUGGUAACGCCAUGGGCUUUGGAAAGGGUACACGCGCACUACAGUUCUGCUCUUACACUUUUGAUGUCAGCAUUGCCGAGAUAUUCACAACUCUGGUGUUUGGAGGCACAGUAUGCGUACCAUCGUCUUGGGGUCGGCUCAAUAAUCUUGCCGCAGAGAUUUGCAUUCUGGAGGCCAAUUGGAGUUUCUUGACUCCAAGUGUUGCAAGACUUCUUGAUCCUUCUGAGGUGCCUACGUUGCGAACAUUGGUCCUUGGCGGCGAAGAGGUCGGUAGUGGGGAUGUAGCCCGAUGGAAAGAUACUGGUGAUGUCCGGAUUAUGAAUGGAUACGGUCCUACAGAAGCAUGCGUGUUCUGCGUCACUCGGGACAUCGACACACCUGAUUCUGCAAACAAGAUCGGCCGGCCUAUUGGAUGUAAUGCUUUUGUUGUUGAUCCCGAGAAUCAUGAUAAAUUGGCACCAGUAGGGACUGUAGGAGAAAUGCUUGUCUCUGGGCCGAUUCUGGCGUCCGGAUAUCUGAGUGAUGGAUCUCGUACUCGAGCUGCAUUCAUUGAGUCUCCUUCUUGGUCACAAAUCGUCUUUGGGGAGCCUCCAUCUGCAGAUAGACGUACAUUUUACAAGACGGGUGAUCUCGUCCGGUACGACCGUCACGGCCUUUUGGAAUACGUAUCAAGGAAAGAUCUUCAGGUCAAGAUCAGAGGUCUACGCAUUGAGGUCGAAGAUGUAGAGCAUUGGAUUCAAACGGUUGCAACAGUGAAACACGCCGUAGUCCUUGUCUCCCGGAGCUCAGGUGCUUCCACUCAAUUCACUGCGGUACUCUCCCUAAAUACCAAAGGGGCAAUGACAGAUCUACCACCUCUCACAAUAAACUCAUCGGAAAAAUCUCGGAAUCAGAUUCAGCGUGUCAAAGCCACACUCGAAGAACAUCUUCCGUCCUAUGCCAUUCCUAACAUUUGGCUUUGUGUUAAUGAUAUCCCUCUAUCAACUUCUGGCAAAACCAGUCGCAAAACUGUCAAGGCGUGGAUCGAUAAUCUGUCCAAACAGGACUUGCUCCAGGCUUAUUCCGGUCAUGCAAUGAAUGGUAAUAGUGACGGACCAAAACCUGUUGGACACGUUGAAAUCGCUCUCACAAAGAUAUGGAGCAGUGUGCUUACCAUUCCAGAGGCUGAUAUCGUCUCCAACAAAUCGUUUUUGAGUUAUGGCGGCGAUUCAGUAUCUGCGAUUCGGGUGGUAAAAGAGUGCCGCAAACAGUCACUGGAUAUUAGUAUCCAAGACUUGUUACUUGCAAAGGGAAUAUCCCAUGUGGCUGAAAAGAUUCAGGGUAACAGCAAUGGGCACUUAGCCAAUGGUACUAAACACAUAAACGGCAAUCAUCCGAAUGAGGUCAAUGGAGGGACCGAAGAUAUCAACACAAUCAGUGGCAUGUUUAGCAAGGAUACAUACAUAUGUACUCCUCUGCAGCAGGCAAUGGUUCAAAAGCAUGCGGAAGGGUUGUAUAACGUGAAAAUGGUUUUCAACAUUAAUUGUAAAGGGACACUGGAUAUCCAGCGUCUCAAGGACGCCUGGUCUCAAGUCAUACUGAGACAUGAUGCUCUGAGAACUACGUUCAAGUUCUCCAAUGAAACGGGACAACGUGUACAGCGCAUUUUAGACACGCCGGUGCAAACCCUACACGAGGAAUUGGAGUCAGAAACAAGUACUCUGGCGGUGGAUCAAUCCAUCCAACCUCAUCCAGUCUGGCCUGAAGGCGAAAUUCCUCAUCGGUUAACUGUUGGGAAAGCUCAGAAUGGAAAAGCAGUCCUCAAUCUCGAAAUCUCCCACGCCAUCAUAGAUGCGGUCAGUCUGGCAACAGUAUUCCGCGACCUAGAACUUGCGUACGAUGGUCGACUGCCACCCCAGCCGGCGCCACAGUUAUCGCAAUACCUUCAGCGUAUCUGGUAUCAAGCAAAGCAAGAUGUGACUUACUGGCGACAGUACUGUGCUGGUGCUUCUCCGUGCUAUAUCCCAUGGUCAUUAUCCAAGCAUACAGAACAACCCAGGGAACUACUCCAUACCCCAGUCACGAUUCCCGGCGCAAGUGAGAUCUCCCUCUUUUGCCGGCAACAGGGUGUCACAGUAGCAAACUUGAUACAUACAGUAUGGGCAUUGGUGUUGAAGCUUCGUUCCUCUUCUAGUCAUCUUGCUGGCUCUGAAGUAUGCUUUGGAUAUCUGGUGUCCGGUCGAGAUUUAGAAAUCGAUGGAGUUGAUAACAUCGUAGGACCAUUGAUCUCCAUGUUACUCUGUCGGAAAGAACUAUCGGACAGCAUGCUACUGCGUGAUUUACUGACUGAUAUACGCGACGACGCAAUUCAAAGCUCGAGUCGGAAGUUUUGCGAGAUUAAACAAAUUGAGAAAGACCUUGGCUUAGGUCGAGGGCUUUUUAACACAAUGAUCAACUUCAGAAAAUAUCCAAGACCCGUACCACAGGAAGACAUUCCUUUGAGAUUUGAAUACAUCGACGGACAGGAUCCAUUCGAAUAUGACGUCUCACUUGUGAUUGACGAGGUUGAUAACAAUUGGCAAGUUAAGCUGGUCAGCUGGAAAGACAGAGUUAGUGAGUUCCAGAUCAAUGGAAUUGCUGCUAGCUUCAGUCGUGUAUUGAAAUAUCUGAUGGUCAACCCGGAGCAAACUAUUAGCAAUGCCUUGAAUGGCUCUUGAUGCUUUUUCAUUUCUCUUCUUUGUUACAAAUUGCUAUUGAAAGAUCCAGUUAACUACAAUCUACAAUGAGGAUGAACUA